GGGCCACCCUUAUCCUUAAAGUCAGACAGAACAACAGUCGCAUCCAAACAGUCGGUUCUUUUUCACCUUCUUCCAUCUGAUGCCCUGUCCCAUCUAGUUGUUUCUCCGUCGUCUCCAAUAUACCAGCAGCGCAGUGUAAAAAGAAAACGAUGUCGUCUAUGAAGGAUUUUGCCAUGGAUCACCAAACCCAGCAGCAGCAGCCAUACUCUGGUGCAGGAAACGGCCAUGAUGGCAGCUACAACAGGGUUGCGGAAGUUGGAUGGUUUAUUCUAGGUGAAGAUCAACAACAGGUUGGACCUUAUACGUUUUCUGAGCUAAGUGAGCACUUCCUGAACGGGUAUCUCGUAGAAAGUACACUGGUAUGGUCUGAAGGAAGAAGUGAAUGGCAGCCACUGUCCUCAUUCCCUGAGUUCACGUCAGGAAUAUCUCAACAGGGAUCUGAUUAUUCCACAGCAGCACUUGCUUACAAUGAUAAGGAGGUCGAGAAGUUGCAGGAGUCCAGAGAGGCUGAAUUGGAAUUUGUUGGAUUGAGAAAUGGAUCUCAUUCUAGCAAUGAACAGAAAGCCAAGCAUUCUACUUUAGUGUCACCCAACACUGAUGAGGAUGAGUUUGAGAAAUGGAAAAGGGAGGUAGAAGAGGCUGAGGCUGAGGCAGAAAGGCUGAAAAAUGGAUCUCUUUCUGGCAACACUGGAGAUGAUCUUGGGAUAGACGAUCCUGACAGGGUUCUAUCACCACCAGAUGGCGAGGAUGAAUUCACAGAUGAUGAUGGGACUACAUACAAGUGGGAUGGAAGCCUAAGAGCCUGGGUUCCUCAGGAUAAUCCUUCAAGUGUAAGUGGGCGAUUUGGAGUAGAAGAGAUGACUUUCCAUGAACAAGAGGAGGUGUUUCUAAAUGUAAACGCUGCUGAUGCCACUUUGAAGGAAGAAUUCAAUGUUACUGAUGAAGUGGUAGGAUCACAGCUUAAUAACAAGAGGAAAUUGCGUGACAAGCAAGCGGACAAGAAGGAUGAGCAAGCUGAUAAAAAGGAAGCCAAUAAGGCUCCUGAUAGUUGGUUUGAAUUGAAAGUCAAUACACACGUUUAUGUAACUGGGUUGCCUGACGAUGUCACUGCUGAAGAAGUGGUAGAGGUAUUUUCCAAAUGUGGGAUAAUUAAGGAGGAUCCUGAAACAAAAAAGCCCCGAGUGAAGAUUUAUGUUGACAAAGAGACAAGAAGAGUAAAGGGAGAUGCUCUAGUUACAUAUUUGAAGGAACCCUCUGUAGAUUUGGCUGUGCAAAUUUUGGAUGGGACACCAUUGCGUCCUGGGGGCACAAUUCCUAUGUCAGUCAGCCAAGCCAAGUUUGAACAGAGAGGGGACAGAUUUAUAUCCAAACAAAUUGACAGCAAGAAGAAAAGGAAGCUGAAAAAGGUUGAGGACAGGAUCCUUGGUUGGGGUGGCCGUGAUGAUGCCAAGGUGUCAAUUCCAGCUACUGUAGUUCUUCGCCACUUGUUCACUCUUUCUGAAAUGAGGGCUGAUGAAAGCUUAGGUUCAGAACUCGAGGUAGAUGUUAGAGAGGAAUGUGUGAAGCUUGGUCCAAUAGAUUCCAUCAAGGUCUGUGAGAAUAAUCCACACGGUGUUGUUUUAGUGAGAUUUAAGGACAGAAAUGACGCUCGAAGGUGCAUAGAAUUGAUGAAUGGACGAUGGUUUGGCGGAAGAGAGAUACAUGCUAGUGAGGAUGAUGGGCUAAUUAAUCAUGCUUCGGUCCGGGAUCUUGAUGAGGAUGCUGCUCGCUUAGAGCAGUUUGGUGCUGAACUUGAAGCUGGCUGACUUAGCUGUGAUGCUGCGGUUACUUAUCAUGUGUUCCUGAUGUUAAUUUUUUUUCGAAAUAGAAGUUGAUAUAUAGGAUACAGAUGGUUGAUUAUCUUGGAAAGAGAGGCAAAAAGGGCGGCAGAAAAGCGUGAUGUGAAUUCAGGUUGUAAAUUCAUGGUUUUGAGGAUUUGUAAAUGAUGACAGAGUCAUAGAAGCUUGAUUAAUCCUCAUUAUAGUUUGUCUCUGAGAAGGGAGUAUAUGAACCCCCUGCUUGUGAAGGAUACAAGUCUACUACUUGCUCAACAUUAAAAUCAUUUUUCAAAAGUUGUUUAUUCA